AUUGUCACGCGGCCGACGACUGACGAUAAACGUACACACGCAAACAUGAAGAUUGGCGAUCGAAGCCCCUGCCUGUCGCCGUGGAUCGACGUUUCGCAGUCAUUCCGAUCGAUUCGAAACUUGUCUCUUCGAGGAGUCUCUCGGUGCACAUCGCUUUUGGCGGUUCAGGCAUCAGUACAGAGUUUUUCCGGAGUUUCUCAGUAACACGAAAAUGAGCAAAAAGCUGGCUGCAGCGAAACUCACAGUCGCCGAAUCUUUCGACAGAUCGAAGAACGUCGCGGGCGAAAUAAAAGAAUGUUGCUCGAAGAAGAAGACAGCACCAAGUGAAAUACCGAUUGAGAAACCUAAAGAGAUUGCAAUUAAAGCAACGAAAAUACAAGAAGCGCAGAAGACAAAGUCUACGAAGGAUGAUAAAGCUGAGAAAGCGAUUCCUACAAGAGCUUCAAAAGAAAGUCUUGUUAAAGAUAUAAAACAGGCUCCUGAAGUUACAAAAGUGCACGAAACGCUCAAGAAAGAAUCUCCUAAAGAAUCUCUUAAAGAUAUCAAAAAUAUUAAAUCAGAAACUCUCACUGAGAUUCGUGAAACCAAAAUGAGCGAAACUCUGAAGACAAAAUCUACAAAAGAUGAUAAAGCUGAGAAAGCGAUUCUUACAAGAGCUCCUGAAGAAAGUCCUGUUAAAGAUAUAAAACUGGCUGAGGUUUUUGAAGUUACAAAAGUGCUCGAAACGCUGAAGAAAGAAACUCCUAAAGAUGUCAAAGAUUUUAAAUUAGAAACUUCUACUGCGAUUACAAAAGUGAGCGAAAUUCUGGAGACAGAAUCUACAAAGGAUGAUCAAGAUGAGGAAGAUGAGAAAGCGAUCCCUGCCAGAGCUCCUGAAGAGAGUCCUGUUAAAGAUAUAAAAUUGGCCGAAACUCCUGAAGUUAUAAAAGUGCACGAAACGUUAAAGAAAGAAUUUUUUAAAGAUAUCAAAGAUUUUAAGUUAGAAGUUCCCGCUGAGAUUGGUGAGAUUACAAAAAUUAGCGAAACUCUGAAGACAGAGUCUACAAAGGAUAAAGAUGAAAAAGCGAUUCCUGCAAGAGCUCCUGAAGAGAGUCCUGUUAAAGAUAUAAAACUGGCUGAGGCUCCUGAAGUUACAAAAGUGUACGAAACGUUGAAGAAAGAAUUUUUUAAAGAUGUCAAAGAUUUUAAAUUAGAAACUUCUACUGCGAUUACAAAAGUGAGCGAAUUUCUGAAGACAGAGUCUACAAAGGAUAAUCAAGAUGAGAAAGAUGAGAAAGCGAUUCCUGCAAGAGCUCCUGAAGAGAGUCCUGUUAAAGAUAUAAAACUGGCUGAGGCUCCUGAAGUUACAAAAGUGCAUGAAACACUAAAAAAAGAAUUUCCUAAAGAUGUCAAAGAUUUUAAAUUAGAAAUUCCUGCUGAGAUUGGUGGGAUUACAAAAAUUAGCGAAAUUCUGAAGACAGAAUCUACGAAGGAUGAUCAAGAUGAGAAAGAUGAAGCGAUUCCUGCAAAAGCUUUUGAAGAGAGUCCUGUUAAAGAUAUAAAACUGGCUGAUGCUCCUGAAGUUACAAAAGUGCACGAAACGCUGAAGAAAGAAUCUCCUAAAGAUAUCAAAGAUAUUAAAUUAGAAAGUCCAGCUGAGAUUCAUGAGAUAAAAAUUGAAACUCUGAAGACAGAAUCUACAAAAGAUGUUAAAGAUGACAAAUCGAGAAUUCCAACGAAAGAUUUUGAAGAAAGUUCUGUUAAAAAUACAGAACCAUUUGAGGCAGUUGAAGUUAUAAAAGUACACGAUACGAAGAAAGAAUCUCCAGAGGUUAUCAAAGAUGAUAAAUUAAAAUCCUUCAUUGAGGCUUUUGAAAUUACAGAUACGAUGGAAGCGCUGAAGGCAGAGUCUACAGAGGCUAUCAAAGAUGAUAGUUCAGAAAUUGUUUUUCAGGAUCCCGAAGAAAGUAAUGACGAAGAUAUAAAAUUCUAUCAAGGUGAUCGCCCUCUUCAAGAUGAAGAUGUAGAGGAAACGAAGAAAAUUCCUGUCCUUAGAAAGGAUUUGCUCAACCCUUGGGAUAUUGGCGCGCGUAAAAUUUGGAGGCCCUUAUCAGCACCAAAUAUGAACGAGCGUCCUUUGGUCCUAGCGAUACAUCUGUCGCCUUCAUUGCCAAUCGAGGUCUUCGAGGUGUUUGCGGAAAUUAUCGAAGUCGUCACGAAGAAACCGGUCGUUCUGUUGUAUGAGACUAGAUUUGGACGACCGGUCGCCAAGGAUAUCACCGAUAUAGCUAUCCUGCCAGCGGCUAACAAUUGGGACGAUGGUGUGCUCCUACCCGCCAGCUUCGUUUUUGAGCAUCAUUUGAACAAGAACAAUUCGCCUCAUGUUUAUGCCGACGUAAUCGUCGCGGAUGAUCGCGCUCCUCACGUUGACACUAUUAUGGACCUGCGAGGACACAGAUGUGCCAUUCCAAAUAGAUGCGAUAAAAUCUGCGUUACAUCAUUGCUCUUCAACUACCUGCAAUCGAAAGGCGAAAACCCAGCAUUUUUCGGAAAUAUACUCGAUGCUAAUUCGCAACUCGAAGUAUUGCGAAUGGUUGCGGGCAAGCAAGCGGAAGUGGGUAUCCUGGAAGCACCGGUAAUCGGAUGUCACAAGAUGACCAUAAUUGGCGCAGAAUUUCUUCAAAUUCUCCUCAGUUUGGGACCUUUACCGCCUUAUCGCAUCAUGAUCAAUAAAGCACUAGAGAAUACACUUGCUAAAGAGCUCACAACUUAUUUGCUGAAUAUCAAUCAGCGCAAGGAAUGGAUGGACAGGUUGUCACCCUUCGGCAUUGUCGGUUUUGCAGAAAAUUCAACGGACUUUUAUAAUUUGGAUGAGAUAAAGUCUGUAAUCACUAGUGUACGUUAUUAUUAAGAUUGUUUUAUGAUAUACUUGUUAUUUAUCUCUUUCAAUUUUUAUG